AUGUCUGCGCUCCGCACCGGCGCGCACCGCUCGAUGGCCCUGCAGGGGACCAGGCGCCGGGCGGAGGCCUCGGGCAACGCGGGCGCGCUCCACGGGGACCUCGAGCGGCAGGCGCUGCAGCUCCGCAGCAUGCUGGCCGCGAGCCGGCCUGCGGCGGCCGCGCCGGCGCGGGCGAGCAGGGCCGCCACCGCGACCGCGCACGGCAAGGUGGGAGAGGGCCCCCGCGUGGAGGAACUGCUGCUCAUGAGGAGGCUGCUGGCGGAGAAGCUGGAGGAGAGGCACACGCCCUCGGAACCGGAGAGCUCCGGGCCACGAAUGCGGGCGUCCAAGAUGGCGGAGCGCUCAGUGAGUAGCUCCGAAGAGGUCUCGGGGUGGAGCAGGAGGUCAACGGCAUCCCAGUCGAUGAGCUUGUCGCCUCCGGAGUCCCCAAUGCCUGUGGCCAGGGUCCUGGUGAAGGAUGGCCUGGCAUACGUGGUGCGGUAG